AUGCGUCUUUUAAACGUCGAUACGCUAGAGCUCGAGUGGUUCCCAGGCAACCAUAAACCGCCAUAUGCUAUUCUCUCUCAUACGUGGGGCUCUGAGGAGAUUAUGCUACAGGAUGUUGCCUCUUUGCGUACAGGGCAGGGCGCAGGCUUCACCAAGACGAGGGCUGCCUGUGCCGAGGCAAGCCGUCGCGGCUUCGACUACGUCUGGGUCGACACAUGUUGUAUCGACAAAUCGAGUAGUGCGGAGCUCUCCGAGGCUAUCAACAGCAUGUUCAAAUGGUAUGAGAACUCGGAAAUAUGCUUUGCAUACCUAGACGAUGUGUAUACGUCCUUCGGGGAUAUUCGAAAGUCCAUGAGCCAAAGCCGAUGGUUCACCCGUGGAUGGACCUUGCAGGAACUACUGGCCCCAAACGAACUAAUCUUCUUUUCCUCGGACUGGUCCGUGAUUGGGACACGCCACGAGUACGCCGGGAUUGUCAGUGACAUUACCGGCAUUGAACAAAAGUAUCUUGAAUCCCAAGAUACUAUUAGUGUUCAGGCGCGGCAGGUAUUGAUCUCCAGCGCUACAGUGGCCCAAAAGAUGGAUUGGGCUUCCAAGAGAACGACGACGCGCGGAGAGGACAUGUCGUACUGUCUCCUCGGUCUGUUUGGUAUCAACAUACCGUUGUUAUAUGGCGAAGGGCCCGAGCGAGCUUUUUUCCGUCUUCAAGAAGCUAUCGUCCGAGACCCAACAGUUUUUGACGUUACACUUCUCGCUUGGGAUAUUGCGACGCCCAAGACCAUGUCCCCAUCCUGGCGGGUAGAAAAACCAUCCUACUGGACCCCUGCAUUUGGUUUCCUUAUCCAGACUGGCCAUCCUUGGUAUCAUCUACAACCACCAAAUCAGGACAGUGAUAUACAGGGCCUCUUUGCUCGAUCCAUUAAUUCUUUCUCGGGGUCCCAGGAGUUGGCACUGGUCAAGGUAGACGUUGAUAGAUCACUGACCGACCGAGGUCUGAGCAUCAAGCUUCCUGUAUCUAGUGACAGCCAACCUUACCUCAUUUUAUCCUGCCACAUGAAGAACGAUCCCUGGAGACUGCUCGCUCUCCCGAUUGUUCGCCAAGGGCCAAGUAUGUACGCCCGAACUUCGCAGGACACAUCUUUUAUCGAGUACGAUGCUUGGAGUCGGUGGGAACCUCGCCAGUUGAACUUGAUGACUCGCAUUAAAGGUCUUCCUUUUCGGCCGUUUGAAACGCUCCUAGCAACCACAAACACAGAACCGGCUCAGCUGUCUCUGUCCAUACCCACCCAACGCUUAGGUUUUGUUGGAAUCCGAACCUCUACUGGAUGGUCCCGGCAACACCAACCAGGGGAUACAUUUUCAAUUCCGUAUCACCCAAGGAAGAAGAAUCACUGGCUCGUUCCGCAGGAUAUAUUUUUCAAACGUCAGUCAUUUGCAGGGACUAUAAAUGGUACAUUUCAGUGUGUGACGGCCGUGCUGCUACAGAAUCAGGGCACCGAGACUCGCUUCGCAGUAUUUUUUGAGGCGCAUGAGACUCACUGGUUGCUUAAGCUAUUUCAGGGACCAAUUAACGUCUCUGUUUGUUUCCGACCCGAUUUAUCAACCUUCGAAGAAGUUGAUCGUGCAAUACAAAAGAGUUCGAGAUCAGACAUGUCGAGUUAUGGUUCUUUUACGCAAGAUGACUUGUUCAUCUUCUCCUCUAGCUUUUCAAGCUUCGUUGCAAGUCUACCAACUGUCAGUGUUAAGAUCGAGGUCUCUCAAUCAACCGGCUGGGUGACUGUGGUCAGAUCGAUAUCUUAUGUUAUCAUUACGCUGUUCACCGAAUUUGUCUUGGUCAUCUCAUUUCCUGGGUGGCUCGGUCUGUUGAUGUUAUUAAAACAGACUACCGAGGGAGACUGGGACGCCAUGUUGCCCAGCAUCGUCAAGCCUUAUAUUCCCGCUCCGUUAUAA